UAUAUUGUAUAAAACAGUCGUACGGAAUUUUGAACUGUUUAAAUAAUGGUAUUUUUGGAGACAUUGUCAAAAUGACGGAUGUAAAGGAAGUUAUAAAGUCUAAAAUAUCUGGGAAGAAGGUGAUGAUAUUUUCAAAGUCUACAUGUGGUAAUUGUAAGACAACGAAAGAACUGUUCCCACAAUAUUUCGGUAAAGAAUUGGACCGGAAAGAUUAUGAGGUAUGGGAAAUAGACAGGGAGCCAAAUAAUAUGUGUGCUCAACUACAGGACGAGUUACGUAACAUCACUGGAGAACGUACAGUACCACGUGUGUUCAUCAAUGGUAAGUGUAUAGGCGGUGGGUCGAAGACUUUAACUCUACACAGAUGCGGGAAACUGGCCAAGCUUCUCACGCAGUGAAGGGUCAAGAAAAGCUCAGAAUGAUUACGAUGGCGUCCCCGAAAAGUCGGAAGUUUCUGAAUUCACAAUUUUAUCUUUCUUUCUUAUUGUUAAAAUGUUGAAUUCUGCUUAAGCCGGUGCUGGGGGCGUGGACGGUGGCUUGCAAUUAUUUCUACCGUCAUUGAAAAGGCACAAACUAACCGAGCCAGCAACAGUUUCAAAUUUGCCGUUUUAGGCGUUCUUCACGGACUCAGUUGUUCUUUUUUUUGUGACGUGAAGUCGGCACCUUAUGAUUGGCUUUCUUAAUCAAGUUUUCUUUUGUGAACAAAACAUAGUGUAACAUCACAAUAUUUACAACUGAUAUGUUACAUCUGAAAGUGAAAAUAUUGAAACCGACGAUACCAGUUUGUGGCAAAGUAUGAGGAAAAAAACAAAGUAUACAUUUACAUGGACAAUGCAUGUACAUAGAAGUAAAAAUUUCUAGAAUAUGCCUUCGUGAAUAUACUAGAUCUGUUUGAAUUUAAUAAUUUCAGUGAACAAAUUGAUUCCUGAUUCUAUAAUCGGCAGAACAAUUAUAAAAGUCUACUUUUCAGUUUAAUAAGAAUUGACCC